UUGACCUUCAGCGCUGUCCGUAGUUGAUGAUAGCACAAACGCGGAAGUAGUUUUUGAAUGGUGCCUGCUAUGUUUCGUAUCGUUUGAGGUCUUUAAAGUGUGCUGUAAGACAGAUUCUGGCGUGACGGUCUAAUAGACGUUUUAAUGUUGGACAGCUGCAAGUGGAUUUAAUGCGUUGUAUUUUGGUAAACUAUAAAAAGCCGUAUGUUACUUAUCGGUGUGCUUUCAUCAAGCGAAAAUGAAAGUUCGUUCGUCUGUCUUUGCCUCGUUGAUUGUAAUAUUAGAAGUAGUUGGAGUUGCUGUCUUCCUGAGAGGAUUCUUUCCUGUGCCCGUGAAGUUGUCUCUGUCGUCUAGGAGCAGGCUGGCAGACCUGCCUCUGGAGCCGCUGACAGGCAGUCCACCCAACUCGUCUCGCAUCCCGCAGCCCUUGUUUCAAAGGGUGGUUAUCAUGUUAGUCGAUGCCCUGCGGGACGACUUCGUGCUAGGAGCCAAUGGUCGCAUGAACAUGCCCUACACCAGACACCUGGUGGAGAAAGGAUCAACACUUAGCUUUGUAGCAAAAGCUAGGCCCCCAACUGUCACCAUGCCCAGGAUCAAGGCUCUGACCACUGGCAGUAUUCCAGGCUUCAUUGAUGUGGUGAUGAAUUUAAAUUCUCCGGCUUUGUUAGAAGACAAUAUUAUCUGGCAAGCCAAAACAGCUGGGAAAAAAAUGAUCUUUUAUGGCGAUGACACAUGGGUACGCCUCUUUCCCAAACACUUCAUGGAGUAUGACGGCACAACCUCCUUCUUUGUGUCCGACUACACUGAGGUUGACAACAAUGUGACUCGUCACUUAGAUAGCACCCUUAAGAGAGAUGACUGGGACAUUCUGAUCCUCCACUACCUUGGCCUGGACCAUAUCGGUCACAUCAGUGGACCCCACAGUUCUCUCAUUCAGCCCAAACUGCUGGAAAUGGACGACAUCCUGAAGAAGAUCCACGGUGCCCUCAUUUCAAAGGAGGCAGAAGGAUCUCUGCCCUAUCUGCUGGUUCUGUGUGGGGACCACGGGAUGUCAGAGACUGGGAGUCAUGGCGGCUCUUCAGAACCAGAGGUCAAUACCCCCCUGGUGCUCAUAAGCCCUGCCUUCAAGAGGAAAGUGGGGAUGGAGACACCUAGAGAAGUAGAACAGGUUGAUCUGACUCCAACCCUGGCCCUGUCGCUGGGCCUGCCCAUAUCUCAGAACAGCGUGGGCCGUGUUAUUCCUGGUGUUUUGGAAGAAAGCUCACUUCGAGACCAACUGCGCUUCUUGCAUCUCAAUGGCCACCAGCUAAGCUGCCUGCUCAAAGACAGCAUUCCGGACUACCAAAAAGAGAGAAGCUUUGAACAAUACCGUGUGGCCGAAAAGGCACAUGGGAGUUGGAUGAAGCGCUACCUGGAGGGAAACACGUCUGAGGUGUUGACUAACAUGGGUAAAAAGGUCCUGAAGCAGUACUUAGACGCCCUGGCCGCCAUGAAUGCAGCCCUCAGCAAACAGCUGGGCAAGUACGACAUGUACUCCAUGAUUGCCGGAAUGGUCUUUGUAUUUCAGCUGUUGUUAGUCUUACUGCUGGCGAUGCCCGAAGCCUUGAGUGGCGCAGCGACGGUGGACCUCCCGCUCAUCUCGGCCCUGCUCUCUUUGCCUUUCUACCUAUUGUGCCUGCUGCUUGCCUCCAUACAUGUAUUAGUGUGCACGUCCGCUGAGAGCUCCUGCUACUUCUGCAACCUCUCCUGGGGUGUUGUGUUUGCUGCUAUCGCCUUCUCUUCAGCAACGUCUUGUCUGUUGCUCUCCAAGAUAACAAGACGACUCUCCUUGGGGCCCAAGAUCAAUGGGACGAGCAGUAGCAGUGAGGGGUCACUGUCAGAGCUGGAUGUUUUGUUGCUGGCUGGCACGGCCGGUCAUACUCUCAGCUUGGCGGCCAGCAGCUUCGUAGAGGAGGAGCAUCAAACCUGGUACUUCCUGCUCAACACGCUCUGCCUCGCAGUCUUCCAGGAUGUGUGCCGCAAGUACUUCAGAGAGAAGAGCCACUCUGUAGCUGAUGAAGAAGAUUAUGUCCUUCCUUCUAAAGACUGCACUCCCUCUGGCUACCCCAAGGCAGAGAUUAACUCCGAGAAGUGGCUGGCUUUAGCCACGCCCCCCUUCACUCUGCUCUGCUGCCGCCUGCUGCGCUCCCUCAACCAGACUGGUGUGCAGUGGGCUCAUCUUCCUGAUGUGGGCCAUUGGCUCAACAGCUCUGAACACAAAGUGGUAUUGUCCUUGCUGGCUGCUUUCUGUCUGGUUCUUAUCUACUUCCUGGUCCAAAGACGCUGCUCGCUGGUGUCCAAAGUUGCCCUUGCUCUUGGACUUUUGGGGGUUUACAGCUACAGAGCAGCUGUCGGAAACGUCUCGUUUCCCUGGCAACGCUCCGUUCGAAAUAUGUCCAGGGGCACUGUGGAAGCACGCUUCGUAUAUGUGUUCGUUUUGGGUAUCCUCUUCACGGGAACAAAGGACUUGCUGCGAUCCCAAAUCAUCACAGCUGAUUCCAAACUGAAGAACAGAGGAUUGUGGGAGAUAUACAGUGGCCUGGUCUUGUUGGUGUCACUGCUGUUCCGUGCUCACAACCUGCCAGUGCUGUGCUGCUGUCUCCUGGUCCAAACGCUGAUGGCUCAGUUCAUUUGGAAGAAGCUCCACUACGAUGCGGCACAGACCACCAUCAUGCACUACUGGUUCGGCCAGGCCUUCUUUUUCUUUCAGGGCAAUUCCAACAACAUUUCCACUCUUGACAUCUCAGUGGGGUUUGUUGGUUUGGACAGCUACGUCGAAGCUCCUGCCAUCUUCUUAACAGCCCUCAGUACGUACGCUGGACCCCUACUUUGGGCGUGUCACCUCGUGUGUUACCUCAGCUCAGAGAGAGACAGGAGUCCGGUUGCCAUCAGCCACGGUUGCUACUGUUUGGCGGUGCUCAGGUCGGUGCCAGCUGCCGCCUACAUCGUCCUGAUUACUGUCCUGCGCUACCAUCUCUUCAUAUGGAGCGUCUUUUCUCCCAAAUUACUGUACGAGGCCAUGCACCUUCUGCUCACCGCCGGCGUCUGUCUCGUCUUCAACGCCAUGGAGCAAAGCUCUCGCACGUCGUAGAGCGCCAAGAAGGUCAAAGGGUAUUUAUGACAUAACCUCCUUGCAACACCUCCUUGUAUUUAUAUUUAUACACAAUAUGUGGAAGGGUGCAUCAGAAAGGUGUACAUUUUCUGGAAUAAAAGCUAUGUAAAUAUUGUUUUCAAGAUACCAUGAAAUACCUCAGGGACUCCGAGGCUAAGCUACGCAAAUGUUUCACUCUCUGGCCUACGAUCCACUUUUAUAUUUGAGAUGGCGCAGCAGUUAUUAAAAUGAUCUACUGGACUAAGAAUAUACUGUACAUUGACAUUAGACACGCCCACAUUGUGCAAUCAUUAAUCCACAGUCACAACCAUUCGCUAACUGUAAUUCAUUAAUUGCAUAGCUUUUAACAUGUGACUCAAUAAUCAUGAAUGUACUAUUCAUUGCAUCAUUCUAUGUCAGGGCAGGGCUAUUCUACUAAAUUGUUUCCAGAAAGCUAACGACUGGGGAGUCUGAUUUUCUACCUUUACUAUUACUUUUAUUUUGUUUAUUCCUGAGAACCAGUGUCCUCUACAGUGGACAUUUGAUUGUCUAUUUUGCCAGUUUUUAUUAAAAUUUGGGGGAAAAUGUACUUGUCUUUGCAACUAAUAGAAAGAAAUGUGUUUUUUUGCAACCAAUAAACAAAAUAUUUGUGAUUAAAAAUAAUGAAUUUGGAGAUCAUUUUUUGGUUACAAAUCCUUUUGUGAGUUUAGACUCAACCAUAGCCUUUUUAUUGGUCAGUAUUGUCCACCCUUAAUUUUUGGUAUUUUUCUUCCAAAUGUGUUGCGGGCAGAAGAAGUCAGCACUUACGCCUAUGUGGUCGCACCAUCAUCCGAGAUUGACCAUUAAAAAGGCUUCUUACAUAAUAUUCAGACGGGGCCCCGCCCACAAAAUUGAAGUUAAGUCAUAACCCAAAAAAAAGCGCUAUUUUUGUUCGCAAAUAAUUUGUUUUGUUGCAAAUCUAUUUGUACUUGAUUGCAUAAAGGAGCAUUCUGCUGUUUUAAGGACCUACUACCAAAAAGCGGGUCAAAGAUCCUCUAUAUCAGUGGUCCCCAACCUUUUUGUGGCUGUGGACCGGUCAACGCUUGACAAUUUGUCCCACGGACCGGGGGGGGGUUUAUGGUAUUUUUUAUUUUAUUUUUUAUUUAUUUAUUUGUCAUAAAGAAAUACAAUCAUGUGUGCUUACGGACUGUAUCCAUGCAGAC